AACUAGUCAGAAACCCAAGCAGGAUGGAGGACUUGUAAACAGGGGCAUUUGCGAGGGAUUGGUGGAGGAGGCUGACGAGAGUGAGCUUGUGUCUUUUGGAUUAAGGCUGGUUGCUUGUCUGAGAUGUUUGGAGCCUUAUUUGUGGGUUUGUUUGUGGGUGUGACUGUGUGCUCUGCUAGAAUUUCAAUAGGGACAAAUGUCAGGUUCUGACUUGGGCAGAAAUAACUAGCUGCAUCAGUACAGUGGUACCUCGGGUUAAGUACCAUACUUAAUUCGUUCCGGAGGUCCGUUCUUAACCUGAAACUGUUCUUAACCUGAAGCACCACUUUAGCUAGUGGGGCCUCCCGCUGCUGCUGCCGCGCCGCCAGAGCACGAUUUCUGUUCUCAUCCUGAAGCAAAGUUCUUAACCUGGAGCACUAUUUCUGGGUUAGCGGAGUCUGUAACCUGAAGCAUAUGUAACCUGAAGCGUAUGUAACCUGAGGUACCACUGUAUAAGCUGGGGGGCAUCUGGUUUGCCGGGGGUACAUGUGAAAAGGAUCUAGGGGUCUUAGUAGACCACAGGCUUAGCAUGAGUCAAUCGGGUCAUACGGCAGAAAAAGAAGAAAAACUAAUCCUAUUCUAGGCUGCAUCAACAGAAGUACAGUGUCCAUAUCAAGGGAGCUCAUAGUAGCACCCUCUUCUGCCUGGGUCAAACUCCACCUGAAGUAUUGUGUCCAGUUCUGGGAACCACAAUUUAAGAAGGAUAUCAGCAAGCUGGAAAGUGGGCAAAGGAGGGCAACCAAGAUGAUCAAGGGUCUGGGAACCAAGGCUUAGGAGAAAUCAUUUGGAGGGAAUUGGGUAUGUUUAGGUUGGAAAAGAGGAGACUGAGAAGAGAGAUGAUCUUCAAAUAUCUAAAGUGCUGGGAGAUGCAGCAAGCUUGUUUUCUCCUCCUCUGGAGGGUAGGACCCAAAGCAAGUGCUUCAAGUUACAAGAAAGGAGAUUCUGACUCAACAUCAGCAAUAACUUUUUGAGGGUAAGAGCUGUUUGACAGUAGAACGGACUCCUUUCACUGGUGGUUUUUAAGUAGAGGUUGGAUGGUCAUCUGUCAUGGAUGCUUUAGUUAAGAUUCCUGUAUUGCAGGGGGCUGCACUCAGUUCUAGAAUUCUUUUCUCUCUUUUUUUGGACAAAGUAAUAAUCAUAAAUAAAUCAGAAUAAAAAUGUGCACCCCACCACCGAGAUCAUUCCACUGUAACUAUCCAGCCUCCCAGAAUUUCAACACUUCUUGCGAUGGUUUGACCCCUUUCCGUUUAAACAAUACAAAUUCUACAAACACCCUCCAUAUCUCCUCAAAAUCAUUUCUUAUAUUCCCUGUCUUACCUUAAUAGCACGUGUUAAUUUAUCAUUCAUAGCUAUAUCCCACACCUCUUUAUACCAUACUUUAUACUGACUUCCCACCGCUCAGACGUUCCCCCUAUUUUCCUCCCUCCUUCGCUGCUCUCAGUACAAUAACUUUUCCAACUUUGGUUUCAAAAUUCACUCAUCCUUUCUCACUGCCCAUCGCCUGUACAAUUACCAAUUUAUGCUAUGGCUUCUGUCCAUUAUUAUAACCCAUCCUCAAAACAAUGGAGUAAGAGUAAACCUAAGGAGCGCCAUCACGGAAACCUGAGGAAAUCUUAAUCUAUUUCAGCAUUCUAGCUUUUGUAUGUUUCAAAGUACACCUGCGAAUCUUUCUCAGUUUUACUGCUUUCUCCUUUGUAAACUGCUUUGGGGCUUCUUUUGUGUGUGUUUUUGCAAUCAAGAGGAGUAUAGAUAUAAAUGAAUAAAAUAAAUGGGUUGCUCCUAAGGAGAUGCUUUUUCUCCUCCGAAAUGAGACGCUUUCCUCAGAAAGGGGACCCUUUUUCUCCUCAGAACAGGCCGGGAUAUGAAGAAACUGAGCAGAAGCCUGAGGCCUUUUCCCGCCUUUUUCCUCCCCCUAGAACAGGCUUUCUCGGCCUCGGUGGCCCUCCAGAUGUUUUAGGCCUACAACUCCCAUGAUCCCUAGCUAGCAGGACCAGAGGUCAGGGAUGAUGGGAAUUGUAGUCUCGAGACAUCUGGAGGGCCGAGGUUGAGGCAGCCUGCCCUGGAAAGUGCUGGAAGAGCCGCCCCUCCCCCUCUCUCCUCAGGGAGAGUCAGGGGAGCCUUGGCAAGGCAGGGAAGGCAGCCAUCGCUUGCUCCCUCAUGAGCCUUUUCUUUCUUUCGUGGGGAUUCGAAAAGUUCUUUCUUGUCCUCUUCCCAGGGGCAACUGAUUUAUUUCAUAAAAUUUAUAGGCUCUUGACUGUGAGGGUGGGGGGAAGCAGUCUGGAAAAAGAAGGGUUGGUCCUCAUAUCCGGAGGCCUCCUAAGCAGCCACCGUUUGAAAUCCAUUAAUUCAUGUAAUUUCCUCAGGCGCCCAUGAGGGGUUUUAGGGGGGUCCCUGGCCAGAGGAUGGCUUCGGGUUCCCCUCCUGCCUCAAGCAGAAGAUUCGGGGGCUUCUUCUGGUUUUCCUGGUCUUCUCCCUCAGCUUGGAAAAAGUCGUAUUUGCCUCUCUUUUCCCUCAGUUUCCCAAUUCAUUGGCCUAAGGAGCCACUGAAAUACGCUCAGCAGAGUUUAAUUUUCUGUACAAUCUCUUCUUCUUUUUUGCUUGUUUAUUUGUUUAGUCAUUUGUUUUAUUGAUUUUAUGUACAAUCUUUACAACAGAGAACUUUACAACCAAAAGAAACCAAUAACAUGACUCUCAUGUUUUCAUUUGUACUAAAUUCUUCUCAAAUUUCCCUAUUUUACCAUUCAUUAACUUCUUCUUUUAAUUCCUUGUUCUUGACCUCCUAAAUCGCGUAUUUGUCCUCUACAGUUUUCCAAUUACUGCCUUAUACUUUCCUCCCUCUAUACCCGUUACUUCCCUUCACCCAUUUGCGGUCUUCUCUGCAUACUGUUGUGUUAACAGCUAUUAAAUUUGAUUUUCCGUUUGUAUUGUAAUGUUCUCUUGUAUCCUUGCAUCCUUCAGGCUAUUGCAUGUUAAAUUUAAGCUCUGAAACCAAACCAAUAUAUCCCUGUAUGCAUUCCCAUUCUUUGUAAGUUUUUUUAUUCUAGCAGCUUCCAAUUGAUGCCGUUAGUUUUGCCAUCUCCGCAAAUUCACAAAUUUUAGCUCACCAUUCUAGUAAUUCAGGUAUUUUUUUUCUGAUUUCCAAUUUUGUUUGCCACUACUAUUCUAGCCGCUGCUGUUGCGUACAGGAAUAUGUUCUUUUUGUCCAUUUUCUGUACAAUCUCAUGUGACCAUAAAACUGUAGAGUUGCAAUGCAGGAAUCUCAACAAAAGCAUCCAGGACAGAGGGCCAUCCUCUUCUUCUUUGCCGAUCCCUCAUAGUAAGAUUGUCUUCCAUGAACACGGUCUUAACAAUGAGUCCGUAAGUGACUGUGGAGGCCAUUUCUGGAUCCACACGUCCUUCCACAAUGGGGACAUUGGUUUCCAGGCGGGAGUUGAUCACGGUGUGGAUUUGCCAAGCGUGUCUUCCUCUUAGCGUGUUUCUCCCUUGCGUCCUGAGUUCGAGUGUCUUCAAAGCCCAUGACACCUUUGGUCAAGGCUGUUCUCCAACUGGAGCUCUCGCAGGCCAGUGUUUCCCAGUUGUCAGUGUUUAUACUACAUUUUAAAAAUAUUUGCCCUGAGAAAGUCUUUAAACAUCUCAUUUGUAUUUUGUUUUCCAUUCUUCAGUUGGAAAUAAAGUAGUUGCUUUGAGAGGUUGUGGGCUCUCCUUCCUUGGAGGUUUUUCAACAGAGGUUGGAUGGCUGUCUGUCAUGGAUGCUUUCGUCAAGAUUCCUGUAUUGCAGGGGGCUGGACUCAGAGUCCCUUCCAGCUCUCAAGUUCUAGAAUUCUUUUCCUCUUUUUUUGACAAAGUAAUAAUCAUAAAUAAAUCAGAAUAAAAAUGUGCAGCCCCACCACCGAGAUCCUUCCAUUGUAACUAUCCAACUUCCCAAAAUGUCAACACUUCUUGCAAUGGUUUGACCCCUUUCCGUUUAAACAAUACAAAAUCUACAAACACCCUCCAUACCGCCUCAAAGUCAUUUCUUAUAUUCCCUGUCUUACCUUAACAGCACAUGUUAAUUUAUCAUUCAUAGCUAUAGCCCACACCUCUUUAUACCAUUCUUCCAUUUUAUAUCCUGCUUGCCCCUUCCACUUCCUAGCUAGAAUAAUUUUUGUCAGUAAAUUUGUGAGCAAGUCCUUCAUACCCCGUGAACCUUCUGCCCCACUGGGGUGGAAAAUUCUAGAAAUUUGGAUUCUAUGGGCCGCACUAAACAGGCUGAGCCUUCGGUGACUGGGUGUAGCAGAGGUGCAUGUAUAAAAUCUACUUUUCACAGCCCCAGAGUCAGAGGAAGUGGGAGAAAGGCUAUGAAUAGGACAAGACAUGUGACGGUGGUCAAGAGCUGUUGGCCACAGGCCAGACCACAAGCAUUUACAACAUGCUUUGCAUCAAAUAAGCUGACAUUUGGGGGUGUGAAGAGGGUGGAGGAUUUCCUUACAGAUUUGUGUAUAUAGAGAGAUAUAAAAUCACAUUGUCAGAGACAAAUGUUUGAAGCUUUCUUAUUCCAGGAACUUAGGCUGGGUACAGACUUAUACCUUCAAAUCACAUUUGAAGAACAUUCCUUCCUUCCAAGAAUUCAGGACGCUGUAGUUUGCUAAGGGUUUCCUCAGGUUUGUGACUCUGAGAGAGGUGAACGGAAUAAUUUGAGGCAGAUUGUCCGGGAUUUCUCAGUCAGGGACAUGCAAGCCAUGGUUAAUGCGAAGAGAGGAAUGAAAUGAGAAGUGAAAUUAGGAAGUGGAGAAAGAUUGCCAGCCUUGCCUCUUUUCCCAUGAAAAAGGCAUUGGCUUCAAGGACACUUUUUUCAAGCCCUCCCUCUGCUUCUCCUCCAUGUCACCACUUCUUGCUCUUUACGUGUCACAGAGCUGCCCCCAAAAACCCAGUUUCCAAAAAUAAGCACAAAAGAGAAAGCGAGGACCACAAACCAGCAUGAGAACUGUUUCAUCCUGUGCAAAAUAGCUGCGCCUCCAUCCGGUGUGACGCUGUGUAUAUUGUGCUUGAGAACUGUAAAUAAGUGUUUGUGUUUUUCAAAGAUCUUUUGUCAUCCCCCAUUGACUUUAAAAAGCCCCAGCUUCCCUAUGUUCCCUAUGGUAGGUGCUAAUGUGCUCAGCAUUUUAUCAGUUACCCAAUUUCUCUCAGCUUCCACAUCUGCAUUUGAGAGUGGCCAUGACAGCUUCUGCAGAGCAGCUCAGUGCUGCAAGGCAUGCUGGGAACUCUUCUUGAGGCCACCCUAGUGGUCAGCCCCGUUUGACACCAGUGGCGCACCGAGAAUACUCAGCAGCGCCACUGUGUUUCUUCUCAGUGUGUUUGGAAAGAAGAUUACUGUUGCAGAUGCAUCAGCUCAGUGUUGCUGCUGAAGCCGCUUCUUCUAAACCCCAUCUUUGAAGCAUGGAGCAAAUUAGCCGUCUCUUUGUCCUCCUGGGUAAGACCCUUUUCUUCUCCCCUCCAACCCCACUCUUUUCCUUCUUCUGGAGCCUCCUAUCUACACUUCCCUUCCCAGUUUCCACUGUCUGUGUUUACUCAAAUCUUCUGCCUCUGUUCUCUGUUUCCAGGUGGGUCUUUAGGGAGGGAUGAGCAUGUCUCAGGCAAAUCUUCCACAGCAUCCACACAAUGUCACUGGCAUGGGAAAGUUGGCUGUUUUUAACCUUUACCUUUCCUGCAAAAAUACCAAAAUAAAAUCUAAUAAAAACCUGUUGCGGGUAGCUUGUUCACAAUCUGUGAAGGACUGGUUGACACAUCUUAACCCUUGCUUGGUUCACAAUUUUUAUGGGGGUUUUCAUUUCCACCAUGACCAUGGAUCAAAGCAGUUUGUACAGUUCUUUUUACAUCAUGAUUACUGCUAUUGUUGUCGAUACUUUUAUUAUUUUAAAAUAAAGAAUAUUCUGGGGUAAAGUGUGCUUAUAAAUCCAUAUAUUUGUGAACAUAACCCCCAGAAAUGCAUCAGAUUAAGGGAUAUUGCUUUGGGAGAGAAAAAAUGUGUAUGAGGCUAUUUAGGAGUCCAUAUUAUGAAACUUGAAAUGAUGCCAAAAAUGUUAUAUAUAUAUAUAUAUUUCUAAGCAUCACAUUUUUUCUCCUCUGUUCUCUUUCAGCCUCAUUUUCGGCUCUUUCCUGGAUGACGGCCCUUGCAGGUAAUCCAGUUAAUAUAACUUCAAGUACUGAGUGGUAGGCAGAUACUGUCGGUGUGAACACAUCGUAAAAUUUAGACGUGGAUAUAUUGUUGUGGCUAUUUGUUCCUUAUUCUGUCCCUUAUCUUGAAGUCCCAGACCUGAAGGGUGUGAAUGGUGAGUCAAAGGGAUCCCCCACACUUCCCUUCAUGCUCUGCUUUCUAAGCACAGGUCUGGGAUUUCCAGGUCCAAAUGGGUUUUUUUGGGGGGGAGGGGAAAAGAGAGGAGAGAGAGAUUUUCAAAAUCUGAUUUUGAGUUUAAGAGGCAAUGGAAUAAAGGGUGGAAUGGGAUGGGUUGGGACUGUCAAUCCGAAGCAGUAAUUGAAGUAUUGUGGAAGGUUAUAGGGAUUCAUGAAUCAUCUAAUGCAAUGGGGACAUCCUAAGGGACUGGCCAAACUGUAUUUUUAUUGUAUCUCCCUCUGCUUCCACAGAUACUGUGACUGCACGUCCAUCAGGCCUUUGGCUGUCUCUUUCACCUCCACUCAACACUUUUGCUCGAGGAGAACUGGCUUCAUUGAUAUGCUCCCUGCCAGAAGGACAGAGGGCAACGGGGUUCUAUUUCUAUGAAAAGAGAGGAGGUGCACCAGUCAUGUAUGGACAACAGGUGGAAAAUAUCUUGGAGGUUUCCACAGAAUACCUGGAAACAAACAAAACAUUUCUCUGUGCUUACGUGGGGGAAAAGAGUUCAGGAGGAUUCUUCCUGUCUUCACUGAGUAACGAGGUUGUGCUGUCCAUCACUGGUGAGAAACGUACUCUUUGUGACAGAAUUGCAUGCACGAAAGCUAAGCCAGCUUGGGGAUCAUAGCUCCUACUCCGCCCAAGCCAUUUUGGUAGUUGUAACUGUGAUAGAGAUCAAAGGAGCUCUGGCCAAGAUCUCUCAGCAUAGUCACAAAACUGCCACCAUCAUAGUUGCUAGGGGAAGCCAACAGAGUACAAUACUGAAGAUUCAAGUCUGUCGUGAAGAUGAGCUGUAAUGUGAUGUAGCAAAGGGGCAGGGUUAUUUUAAGCAGUUCUUCAGUCUUGGGGGGCACAGAUUCUGUUGCUGCUCUACAACUCCCAUCACCCCCUGCCUGCUUGAUGGCAGCUGUAGUUCAACAACAUCUGGUGACCCAGUGUUGAAGAAGUGUGUAAGCCUUUGCUUACACAGCAGGGAACAGCGCUUGAGGAAUAUUCUUGUCUUCACCAAGCUGGUGCUGUCGAUCACUGGUGAGGAACAUUCUCUUUGUGAAUGAAUGAUACACGCAAAGUCUAAACCAUCUGGGUGAUUCUGCCCAAGCCAUUCUGUUGUUUUUCAUUUGCCAGGCCCAAGGAACACAAAGCAAGGUCCCUGAAUAUAGUCACAAAGUCGACAUCCACCUGGUUCCUUGGGGAAGACGAGAGAGCACAGGUGUUAUAACAUUGGUUUAUGUUUCUAACAGCGGCGUAGCGUGGGUUGUCAGCACCCGGGGCAAGGCAAGUAAUUUGCGCCCCCUAACCCCUAACCUGCCGCCGCUGCCAGCUUCUUCUUGCUGCUGCUUGGUCUGGUCUGGUGUGGUUCUCUCCCGCGCUCAGCGCUGCGCUGGGCGGCCGCUGCACUGUCCCUCCCCCAGAUAGUCCCUCGCUCUCUCUCCGCACCGCACGCCUGGCACCCACCCCCUCCACAGUGGGCGGUGACCCAGCGGCUUGGAUCGGAUUCGCACAGCCAGCACUGCAGUGAGAGAGAGUGAGUGAGCCAGGGCAGAGAGCUGCGAGUGCAAGCGCCCCCCCCCAGAUGUUGCGCCCGGUGUGGCCGGCCCCCCCUGCACCCCCCACGCUACGCCACUGGUUUCUAAUAUAGCUGUAUAUUAAGGAGAGGUGCUGGAGGGAUUGGUCUGGAAGUCGCACAGUCUCAGAUUGUAGCCCUAAUCUUAUAUAUAGUGAAUUCUCUAUCAAAAAUUCCUAGACCCCAUCCAGAACACAAAUCCCAACUGUUAGCUGAGAAUAGGAACUAGUCUUACUCCAUUUAAGUCUGUAGCAUUGCUAUGCUCUGAAUUCCAGGGACACAGAAGUGCUUAACAAGCUAGCCACAAAAACUUCUCUUCCUUUCUCUCUGCUCCUUCAACUUCCCUUUCAGACCUUCCUCGUGCUCCAGUUUUCUCUGUUUCUCCAAAGAAGGAUGUCUAUACAAGUGGGGAAUCUGUGGAACUCAAGUGCUCAUCUUCCGAACCUCGUAAUGUAUCAAGGACCCAGUUUUUCAGGGACCAUCAGGAUCUGCAUUCAGUCAAGCCCUCCUCCCCCUCCUCCCCCUCCUCUCUGAGCAAUGUCACACACACCCUACGCCUUGCUAUUCAAGAUGAUGGAGAUUACUCCUGCAGGUACCACAUUGUGGAAUCCGGGCGAGAGAUCAUAUCCAGAGAGAGCAACUCCAUCAGGAUUUCGGGUGAGGAGGUCUUUCUUUGCAAUACGGAUCUCUUGGAAGUUGAAGUAGGAAGCUGGAAUGAAACUGAGCAGUUUGGCUGGUCAAAGGAACAGGAGGGGAAUUUUACUGAUAGAAUUUGAAUAUGUACAAAAUUCAAAUAUCAUCAGAAAUUCUGUAGUCCUCCCAAAGUCCUAUUUCCUUUUCUCAUUAAUCUGCUUGCUUAUUGAGGGGGAGAGAGAUUAUAGGUCUACAACUCCUAUCAGUCAUCCACCAAGCAGCUUGAUGGGUAUUGCAGUCCAACAACAUCUGGCAACCCAUGGUUCAAACAUGCUUGUUUAGGUGAGCUUUUCUCAAGAAAUUAUGUUUGUCAAAAAUUGAUAGGUUUUGCUGAAAAGUUCCACCAGUUAAUGGAAUAGAAUUAUUGGAAUGCUGUUCAGGUGAUUUUGAUAGUGACCCCAAGGAAGUAGAUUGUGGAAAUCUAUGUGUAGCAUUUGUUUAAUGCAGGACUAAGAAGGACCAAGGCAUUAUUGGCACUAAACAAGCAUACCUUGAACCAACAACUCAUUAAAAAAAAUUGUGGAUGAGGGACUACAAGAGGGAAGGGGCUGAAUGGCAUUUUCCCCUUGCACUUCUUCCCUUUCCCCAAUGCAGUUCUGCCUCCACCAGCUCCAGAGCUGUCCAUCAUCCCUCCAAGACAGUCCUUUCUCCAGGGACAACGGAUCACGUUGAAAUGCUCCCACCCGGAAGGGCAGCUGGCAGCCAAGUUCUUAUUUUAUGAAAUGAAGGCAGAACGUGGGUGGACUAAACUCCAAGAAGACUUCAAUAAUACCCUGGAAAUCACUGCCGAAUUUCAGGAAAUAAAGAAAUCAUUUGUUUGUGCCUACAUGGAAGAAAGCAGUGCAAGACGACUCUCUGCACAGAGUAACCGCAUUGAGUUUUCUAUCACGGGUGAGGAAAGUUCUGCUAGUUCAUUAACUGAAGACUCAAUAAGUUGUUUUCAUCUUACUAAGGGCAAUCCAGAAAAUCUGGCAUAUUUAUGUGGGUUGAUAUCUUUUUCUUUUUCUUUUUACUUGUGGAAAGAAAUCAUAUACCACUUAUUCCCAACAAAAUCUAAGCAAUGUAGAUAGUAAAGUUAACAAUAAAACACAGAUAAAAUUGUUUUUUAUAUUAAUGAGGAGAAAAGGUUUCUGUCUGUUUCUAAACUUAAGCCAGUUGGCUGCCACUGUUUUCUCACAAGAAAUCUUGGCAAUAUUGAUUUUAUGGAGGUUAUAGAGAUUGCCAAAGAUGUUUCUCUGCAUUCUCGCAAAACUUAAAUUCCCUGCGUUCUUCAGGGAGGAUCUAUGCUAUUUAAACUGGGUGUUGUUUUUUAAUCCCCUGAAGGUCGUGUGAUAUCAUUAGGAUGUCCAGCUCUCUAGGAAGGAUUUCAAAAGAAAAUGUUUUUGCUGAACUUGACCUGCUGUUCCACUCCAUUAAUGAGAGUCCUAAAAGAAUUCAUGUCUAUUAAAGGUGUUUAAUUAUGGAAGAUUGGAAGAUACUAAUUCCAGUCUGGCUUCAAGCCUGGUUUUGGAGGCUCAGUCAUCUGAGUGAAAAGGGUAAUAAUAUUACCAGGUCCACCUGCUCUUUCGCAGCCUAUUCUCUGUGAUCCAUGCACAGGUAACCUAAAAAGUGGAUUGCUCUAAUGUUCUGCCCUCGGCAUUGGUUCAGAAGCAGCAGCUAGUGAAGAAUGCAGCGGCAAGGAUGCUCAGGAUGGUACCUGACACCUGGAAAAAUUGUGGCCUAUAAAGCUCUCAGCAGCUUGGGAGCAGGUGAUCUGACAUACUGCCUGCCUUCUCCCAUUUAUAGACCAUCCAAGUCUCUGCAUUCUGAGGAUGUGAUUCUCCUCUUAACCAUAUCGCCUGCAAAGCUCCAUCUGGUUGGGGGCUGCAGAGAUCCUUUUCCAUUCCUACCUACCGAAUGCUCUCCCUGCUGAGAUCAGGCGGGCAGAAACCGUGGGGUGAACUGAAUACCUACCCCUUUGGCCUUCUCUGACCUUAAUAUUAUACUAGCCGUUGUGAUUAUUUUAUUGAUUAUUAUUUUUCACAGAUUUAUUCUCUCCAAUUAUUUGUUAUUAUGUAGACUACUUUCUGCAAAUGAAAAGCGGGGUAGAAAUCCUUUAAUGAAAUGGAAGGAAACAUACAGUAUGUGUCAGUCUUAGAAAGGAAAUUGUGAGAAAACAGAAAACCUUUCCCUUUUACGUUGUUCCCUAAAUCUUUGGAUGCUUCUCUCCCUCUGCUUCCUGUGGAACCCAGCGUCCUUCCCACCGGCUGAUCUUUUUCAGCGACCACAGGAACCUGUUUACAGUCCAGGAGAACGGGUUACCUUGACCUGUUCAGCUCCUGAGGAAAUGGACGUGGCAGGAUUCAAGUUCUACAAGGAACAACACGAUCAGAAAUACAAGGUGUUGCCAGAUCAAGGAAGCGGCCCCUAUGCAGCAUUCCCUGUGGAUAAAAAUACUGCUGGAAUAUACAAAUGCCUAUACUGGGUGCAGAAUUCACGACAGAUGAUCCAGUCCCCAAUGAGCUCUUCCAUCUCUGUAGUCAUGACAGGUGAGAGAGUUUCUUCUGCAUGCUGAUGGAGGAGAUCCGAAAGGUCUCCGUGUCUAGCAGGGAGUGGGGAACAUGGGAAAUGUCAGCCUGGUUAUUUUACAAGGUGACAAUCAAGUGUUUAUGAUUUACAGUGGUACCCUGGUUGUCGAAUGGCUUGGUUCCCAAACAAAUCAGCUCCCGAAUGCUGAAAACCUGGAAGUAAAUCUUUCGGUUUUCAAACGUUUUUCGAAAGCCAAACGUCUGACGUGGUUUCCACUUGAGUGUAGGAAGCCACGCCUUGCUUUCUGAACAAUUUCGGGAAUCGAAUGGACUUCCGGAACGGAUUAAGUUCAAGAACCAAGGUACCACUGUAUAAGAAGAAGUCCCUUAAAAUCUCAAACUGUAUUGAACUUGGACGCUCUCAUCUCAUUAGUGGGGAAUGGGCAGCUGUAGUUACUCAGACAAGGAAGAGGUUUUUCCUCUGCGCAUCCUGACGUGCAAACUGAACUCGGAAGACAUAAAUGUGGAACCAUCGUUUGCAGAGGGACAUAGCUCAGAAGGCAGGAGCUGGUGAAUACUGGAUGGGGAACAGCUGGAAGAAGAAACACUGGGAGAGAGAGGGUUAACAGAUUCACAGUCUCUGGACAGCAUUCCUCUUCUCAGUCCAAGGUCAAGAUGAGCUCAGAAAGUGUCAGAACAGAAAGCACAGAGGGUACAAGCUCAGAUUACAAGACAUAGGAGUGACGGAAGGGGGUGUGAUCCUUAUUUGGGAGCACCGCCAUUUCCAGGAGAGAUGUGUUGUUUGUUCUCUCUCUGUGAUCAUUAAAGUUUAUAACUGGUAAGAAGACUCCUUUUCCUUUGUCCUGCUUAUCCACUGCCACAGGGGGAGGAAGCUGAUUCCCUGAAGCUUGACAGGAAUUCUCUGUUAAAGAUUCCAAGACCCCACCCAGAGCUACAGAUCCCAAGGUUUACUGGAGGGGCUACAGUGGUACUUCGGGUUACAGACACUUCAGGUUACAGACUCCGCUAACCUGGAAGUAGUACAUCGGGUUAAGAACUUUACCUCAAGAUGGGAACACAAAUCGCGCGGCGGCGGCAUGGCAGCAGCAGGAGGCCCCAUUAGCUAAAGUGGUACCUCAGGUUAAGAACAGUUUCAGGUUAAGAAUGGAUCUCCAGAACAAAUUAAGUUCUUAAACAGAGGUACCACUGUUUUGUUAAAAUAAUUAAACUGUAGGAUGGUUAUGCUCCAAAUUCCUGAAACAGAGGUGUUUAACAAAGAUUGUUCUUCCUUUCUCUGUGCUCCUUCUACUUCCUUCUCAGAACACCCUCGUCCCCCAGUCUUAACUGUUUCACCAGAAAAGGAUAGCUACAGAAGAGAAGAGUCCAUAAAGCUUAGAUGUUCAGCUUAUGAACGCCGUGAUGUAUCAAAGAUCCAGUUUUUCAAGGACAAGAGGCAACUGCAACUCAUCAAUGUCCCCUCCUCUCUGAACACCUUCACACACAUACAACUGCUUCUUCCUCAAGAUGGUGGAGAUUACUCCUGCAAGUACCACAUUGUGGUAUCAGGGCGAGAGUUCCCAUCCAGAGAGAGCAACUCCAUCAGGAUUUUGGUAUUGGGUGAGGAGGCCUUUGUUUGCAAUAUGGGUCUCCUGGAGGGGGAAAUGGGAAGGUGGACUGAGGUUGGGGGAGGUUAGGCAGGCGAGGAAUAGGGGGAAUAAUUUUGUUAGUAGAAUAUGUACAGAAUUCUACGAUCACCCGUAAUUUCAUAGUCCUUCCAAACUCCUCUUUUCUUAUCAGCUUGCUUGUUUCCAGUCUGCCUUUGAAACACAUUGCGCCUUCCAGGACAACAUCGAAGGAAACAAAGGCAGGGUGCCUGCCCCGAGGAGCAUACAAGGGAUGUUGUCACAUGGGGAUCCCUUCUGACCUUGGGAUUCUCUUUGAUUCUCUCUGCAGAUGAACCACUUUCCACAACGCCUACCUUUUCCACUCCUGACCAGGCUGUUCUGAGUUUUGCCGCCACAACCAGGCCACCUAGAAAGUCAUCACUGGCAACUUCAUCAACCAGCUCUUCUCACUAUGUCGCAAGACGACCCUCAACACGCAUGAAGCUCCUUGCAUCAAGCACCUCCUGGUCCAGCUCUUCGCAGUUGAGUCUGCAUUAUAGCACCUCAACCAGCAGCACCUAUGCUCAGGAGAGCAGGAAAUCAUCCACCUGCUGUGAUCCCAAAUCAACCACAGACCAAAAGAAGGACAAUUCAGAAAAAGGUACGCCCCGCUCAUGAGGCUGUUAUUUUUAAGAAAGGGACCCUCUUUCUUUCUUUCUUUCUUCCUUCCUUCCUUCCUUUCUUCCUUCCUUCCUUCCUUCCUUCCUUCCUCUUUCAUUGUUUUAUAUUUGUAUAAAAUUGUGAUUUUAUAGGUUAUAAGCCACCCUGAGUGCUGCAGUUGCACUAGAAGGGAGCAAAAUAUCCAAAUAAAUAAAUAAAUAAAUAAAUAAAUAAAUAAGGGUUGCACUGUAAAUAACCCAACUGAUUCAGCUCAGUGCGGAAUAUUAUUUUCACCCUACGAAAAUAAAUGGAAACAGUGCUACUGCUGCCUGAUUUGUUUGCUUUUGUACCGUUAUUAUUUUUGUCUAGUAGUAUUGUUUUUAAUCUGAUGGUACUGUACUGUUAUUUUAUCAUGCGUGGCUAUGUUUUAGAUGAUAAAAUAGGAAUUUUAUGAUGUUGCCAUGCUUCUGUUUGAGAGGGCCGACCUGAAAGGCAGCCUAUAACUACAGAAUAUGGAUGGUUGGAAAGAAUAAUAUUUAGAAAGGGACAAUCAAUGGACCUUCAGAGACCAGGGAGGGAAGAGGAAGGGUGGAAGUUAGAAUGGCCAAAGAGGGGAAUAUGUGGAGCAGCAAAGUUCAUAGAUACUAGCCAAGUCUUCGUUUUGUAACAAUUGACUAGUUCUCUGAUCAAUAACCCGUUCUGAUCAACAGCAAUUCUCUUGCAGGUUCAUAUCCUUUUCUUCUCCCAUUGGCCAUUGGAUGUGGCACCGGCGGCUGUCUCCUCCUCCUGGUGUUUGUUGUCUGUAUUUAUAGGAGGAAGCACAAAGGUAUUUGGCAAGGCAGGGGAAACUGAGCCUGGGGAGGUGGACAUCCCAGGAGGAAUGCAGAUGUGGGUGGAAAUAACACCUGGUGGAAUAGUCACAGCCAGAAAUAUCACUAACUGCUUAUGCACAGCAUGCCUUCUUCAUUUUUUUUUUAUUUUGACAAAGUAAUAAUCAUAAAUAAAUAAGAAUGAAAAUGUGCACCCCACCACCGAGAUAAUUCCAUUGCAACUAUCCAACCUGCCAAAAUUCCAACGCCUCUUGCGAUGGUUUGACCCCUUUCCGUUUUAACAGUACAAAUUCUACAAACACCCUCCAUAUCUCCUCAAAAUAAUUUCUCCUGCGUAUUCCCCGUCUUACCUUAAUAGCACAUGUUAAUUUAUCAUUAAUAGCUAUAGCCCACACCUCUUUAUACCAUUCUUCCAUUUUAUACCCUGCUUGCCCCUUCCACUUCCUAGCUAUAACAAUCCGUGCAGCUGUCAAUAAAUUUGUGAGCAAGUCCUUUCUAGCCUGAAAACCUUCCACCCCAUCGUAAAUUGAUAAUAAUGCCACCUCUGGACUUUUGGUCAGCUUUAACCCAGUGUUUUCGGUUAUCUCCUUAAAAGCCCUUUGCCGGAAAAAUUGUACAUACUUACACCCCCACCACAUGUGAACAUAAUUCCCGGUUUCCUGGCAUCCCCUCCAACAUAGCACCGAAUAUUCCUUGUUUAUUUGAUUUAAUCUGACUGGUAUUAAAUACCAUCUCCAAAUUUAUUUAUAAUAAUUUUCUUUUCUUCUUAUAGACAGCAUUUUCAUAUUUCCCCCCAGCUUUGACUGUUUAUCUGCACUGUUGUCUCUUUCUCCCACACCUCUUCUAAUUUCUUGAUCCUCCAUUUCUACUAAAAAAAAAUUAAUUUCACUGGCUUCUUCUUUUAUAACUGUAUUUCCUUCUUUAUCUCCCCUUUUUAUAAUCUUUUUUUUCAAAUUUUGUAUAUUCUUUGCAGUUCUUGUUUUCCCUUAACCACUUCUUUGUCCGUUGCUCCAGUUGUAUACAGUUAAACCAAGUUAUUUUACUUCCUGUUAGAGCUCCUCUUAUUUGUUCUUUGCUUCUGCCUUCUUCAUGUUUAUCCUCAUGUCUUCAACAACAGCUUGACACACCAAAACCUGCAUUUGCAGGAGAAGCUAUUCCCAUCAGUAUUUUUUAUGAGAAGAAACCUCGCCUGUUCCAUUUCUGUGUGUCAGGUUGCAGUUAGAAGCACAGAAGCAGAGUUAUAAAAGGGAGCAGCCCCAUCUAUUUGUCCAGGACACAGAUCUAAAAUUCUUUGCAAUGCCCUCUCCAUGGGGCUGCCACUGAAGACUGUUCAAACCUUCUGAGUGUUGCAGCACUGUUCCCCAGCCAAGCAAUGUAAAGCGCAGCAUUCUAGAGGAUAUUGCGCCUUACGUGCUCUAAAUGUGGGAACUCUGGUACCCUGUCUCCUUCUUCACUUAAGAGUCACACGCAUUCACAAACUUUUUUUCUUUUCUCAGAUAAGAGAGCGAUCACAGCAAGGUGAGUGAGUAUGAAAACUUGGGGGCCAGCAAUCACCGGCAGCUGUCAGAAGCAGCUUCCUCCAAGCUGUUGGACAUGAUGCUGCGGUUUGUGUGGCCCGUCAUCGGAGGAGUUGGGGCUGCUGUGUGCUUAAAAACAGAAGCAGGGACAUGCAGUCAGGAGUGACAAGAGGCUGCAAGGGUGUGGCUGCUAAAAAAAGCCACCUUUUUGCAAGAAGAUAAAAAGAACUUUUUAGCACAAGGCAAAGGGGAUUCAUUUGGCCCAGCCUCCAUUUUCCUACUGUAGCCAGCCAGAUGCCUCUGGGAAGCCCACCAGAAGGCCAUUCCUAAUUCCUGCUCCCCUGGUUUUCAGAGAUAGAAUCAUAGAAUUCUAGAGUUGGAAGGGACCCUGAGGAUAAUCUAGCAUCCCCAAAUUGAGCAUCAUUCAGGCAUUCCCAAACUCAGCCCGCCGGAUGUUUUGGGACUACAACUCCCAUCAUCCCUAGCUAACAGGACCAGUGGUCAGGGAUGAUGGGAAUUGUAGUCCCAAAACAUCUGGAGGGCCAAAUUUGGGGGUGCCUGAUGUAGUCCAAUCCCCUGCAAUGUAGGAAUAUGCAGCUGCCCCAUAUGGGGAUCAAACCUGCAACCUUGGCAUCAUCAGCACCACGCUCUAACCAACUGAGCUAUCCAUACUGCCUCUGACCUUGGAGGUUACCAUUUCGCUGCCAUGAUCCUUAACAACCGCUGAUAAACCUCUCCUGUGACUUUGUAUAAACAGCAGCCCCACAUCCUGUGACAGCGAGACCCACAAGUCAGGCAAUGUGCUAGGUGGAGAAGUCAUUCCUUUAGUCUGCCCUCUUCUCCACAACUACGAAAGCCUUGCCCAGUGUCUCGCCUAGCCAUCCCAGGAGAGCUGACGCUUUUCUUUCCUGGUGGGCUUUUAGCAGGGCAGAAAUUCUUGUUGCUUAUCAAGCUUCACGUGUUCAAAUUCCCAGUAAAGAUAAAGAAAGCCACCUGUUCUACCCUUACCUGUUUUGACUGACAGCAGGCUCUCAGGGGCCUUUCUCUCUUCUCCAGUCCUGUGUCCUGGAUCUUUUUACCGGGAGAUGCCGGGACUAGAACCUGGGACCUUUGCUGUGCAAGGCAUGUGCUCUGUCACUAAGCCAUGGUCUGUCCCCAAAUGGAUUUGCUUUGAGAUAAGACAGUAUAUUAGUCCUCCCCGCCCCCAAUAUCCUCUUCAUUUUCAGCUGCUUUUUGUGUGUUUAGUUCCUCUCCCCAUUCCUUUCCAGCAGCUACUGGCAAACACUGGACAUUCGGCAGUCCCUGAAAAGACGGUAGGAAGGAGCAGAGCGUUCCCCUCUAGCGUGCCUCUCUUAUCUUCCAUCAUCUUGCAGGGGGGAGGACAGAGAGGGUAGGCGCAGCUAACCUGGACGGCAGACCAAAAUCUCAACUAGACUUGGGUAGACUUGGUGGGGGGACUAGAUAAACUGCAGGGACACCCAACUUUUGCCCCUGUUUGUUUUUUGGAUUUUAAUGUUUGGGAAACAAAUAGAGGGGGGUGUUAUUUGUUUGUUUUUUUCCAGGCCUUCGCAUCUCUAAUCCCAAAACAUUCAGCAAAGCUCAACAUCAGUGGAGGGAGGGCACAGUUUCAAGCCUCCCCCCCCCCCCCCAGCAGGAACAAUUAAAUCAUUUGCUGGAGCGCCAGAAUAUUUGAUUAAAGAGGAUGAUUCUUUCCUUUUCUUUGACGGUGUUUGUCAUUCAAAGCCAGGAGUUUGAAUAUAGUAACACUUCUUUGCAAGGUAGUUUUAAUUCAAAGGCUGCAUUUCAGCUCAGUCUGUUUUAUAAGCUAAAGCUACACACAGAACUAUAUAGUAAUCCUUUUAAAAAUCUGUGUGUUGUUGUUCUGUAUGCGAGAGAGAGACACACACACACAUACACUAAUGGGGUAAGAAAGUUGCCAACAUUUCUAGACUCCUCUAUGGGUGCAGUUGUGGCAGAUGUUGUGAUGGACUUCAAAAUGUAAUAGUAGACCUCUGCUUAAAAGAGAUACAGGCAUGUUCUCCUAAAUGUGCUUCAUUCAGACCCACAUAGCUAUAUAAACAAACUUGUUCCCACAAGAUACAGUAAUGUCACAAGCACAGAAGGCUUUGAAAGAUGUUCAGAAAAAAUUAUGGGGAACAUGCUGCCAAUGGCUUCAGACGCAACAGCUGUGUCAGAGGCAGUGGGGAGAGCAUGGCUGUUGGCCACUGUGAGAACAGAAUGCCAGACAGGAUGAGUCUUUGGCUCAAUCCAGCAAAUUCCUUUGUGCUUGUUACAAAUGUGGGAAUGUUGUGGGGAGUCAGAGAGGAUCUAUUGAUUAAAUACGGUAUUAUCCUUCCUAACUCAGGCUAGUGAGUUAUAUAUAUAUAGCAGAGCUCAUUCCCCUUCUAUACAGAUUCGUUUGAAUCUCUCUUUUUAAAAAACAAUUUUUAUUAUUCAUUAAUAACAUUCCAAUUAAUAACAUAUCAAAUCUUGCCACAUCAUAAUACAAAUAAUAAAGUCAAUUAUACAUUCCAAUUAAAUAAGUUAGAGAGACUUCCCAUGUUCUGGCUGGUCAGGAGAAAUUUUUUAUUUCUUGUUCCUGCUUUUUCCCUUCUCUUGUUUGUUCCCAAUAUCAUAAUUCCGAUCUUAAUCUGUUAUCUUGUUAUCUCAGUCACUGGUAUGAAACUUUCAAUCGUAUUUAACAAAGCCAUAUGUAUGUUAACAUGCAAGAGAAAUUUUAUUCUUCCUGUUGUCAUUCGUCAAUUGUUUUCGGCGCAGACCCCCUCGGAAGCCCCCUUUUCAUUCCACACGGUUAUCGUUUAAAUCUCUUUGGUUAAGCAAUCCAAUCUGGCAUGCCCAGAUUGGAGUAUGUUCCUGGUAAAACCCCUUUGAUUCCCUCCUAAAAGAAUGAAGACAGAAGAGUCUUUCUUAUAAACAAUGAAAAGUUGUCUCACAUUCAUUUCACAGUAUGAUCUCUGAAGGCAGGCUUUAGCUUGCAUUUACAGAUACAGUGUGGCAGAGAGCCAGCAGUGCAGUCCAAGAGAAGAAAUGGCAUCAAAAGAGGAGGAUGGCUGUGUGUCUGGCCCUUUUACAGGGUCUCCUAGGGCCACGCCCAUCUACCUGGUCACACGCAAAGGAAGGAUGCUCCAGACCAGGUGUGACAGGAAGUCUUCCUGGCUGGAGUAACGUCCCCCUGUCUGUGUCCACUCUAGGGAAACAAGGAAUGUUAUACUUGACUGCUCCAAUGGAUUACGUCCCACAACAAAUAGGUCACCACUUUUGUACUGACGCUGCUCCCGUGCUUUGAGCAGCAGUGCAGCACAGAGAAAUUAAGCAGGUUUUCCAAUAACACACCUCCACAGUGGGGUAACCCAGGACAAAGUUUCCCUUGCUAAACUUUGCAUGCCAAGCCGCUCCUGAAACCGAAAAGGCAACUGUCUGUAAACUAACAAUAAACGUCCCUAAAAAUGGCAAAAAGUAGUUUCUUUCCCAGAUAGGUGUUAUCUUAAACAACAGCAAACACCGUAAAUAAGUUCACUUGUAAUAUAUCAGUGGUUCAGUGCUCAAUUCUUCUCUUCCCAAAGUAGAUUUUAUCUUGAACUUUUGCAAAUGCAGUAAUAAAGAGUCCACUUGUGAUAUACCACAAGUGGUUCAGUGCUCAGACGUCAUUCCAGUAAUCCGACGUUUCGUCACUAAAGAGUUUAGUCAUCGAGCUUUGUAGUAAAUAAUAUACAACAGAAGACAGUAUGUGAAUGACUUAAAUCAGGGGUAUAUCUGUCCCCACCUGCAUGUUUCCAUCAGGAAAAGCAUAGAAAGAGGACAACGUCCUUCAGUUUGUUUAACCUCCUCCUGCUCCUGAAGGUGGAGGAGCAGGGCCAGGUUUUAAAGUUGGCGGUCUCAGUAGCUCCCUCCUCUUUUGGAUUUCCUGCAGCUUCUACACCCUGCUUAAACCUUUGUUCUGUCUUGCAGAUGCAAAGACCCCGUUGGAGUCUCUACAAGUAAGUAAGACAUUAAACUUUCCAUCCUUAUUAGGGUUCCAGAGAAGGAUCAAUGCUUUUUUUUCUGACAGGUCCCCUGUGUCUUUAAGAGCCAAGGGGCAGGCAGACAUUAAAACGGUGAAGCAUUUCCCGCAACUCCUCCAUGUUGGGAGAAAACACACCUGUUGAAUUUCUGCCUGUCGUGCAGCUAUUGAAGGAAAAGGUGGCACUCCUGCCACUAUACCUGUGACCCAGGAUGCACCAGGUGAAUUGCAACUCCCCAAUGAGGAACAGUUGCAGCAUCUGGGACUUCUUAAUAUUCUUUUUGUUAUUUCUUUCUUUUUCUUUCUCUAUUUAUUUCUUCCCCUCCCCCCGCUUUUCUGUGUUUCCAUUGUACAGUGGUACCUCGGGUUAAGUACUUAAUUCGUUCCGGAGGUCCGUACUUAACCUGAAACUGUUCUUAACCUGAAGCAACACUUUAGCUAAUGGGGCCUCCUGCUGCUGCUGCGCUGCCGGAGCACGAUUUCUGUUCUCAUCCUGAAGCAAAGUUCUUAACCCGAGGUACUAUUUCUGGGUUAGCGGAGUCUGUAACCUGAAGCGUAUGUAACCCAAGGUACCACUGUUUCUAGAUAAAAGUUUUGGUUUGGUUUAAAAAAGGGAAAAGAUAUUAAGUUUUUUAUUUUCCUCCAUAAACCUUAAUAACAUUUUUUUUAAAAAAAAGAGGAAAACCUGUUGUUUACUGCUGAGGAGGGCUUAUCCACACCUUCUAUUGCCCUGCUGCUCCCACACACACCAGGGAAAACUGCUCUUUAGUGCUUAAUUGGAGCAAACAGCAAUUCAGGUUUUCUCUGGAUUGACGUUUGCUCUGAUUUAGAGCGGAAGAGAGGGUUUUCCCUGGGAAAGGAGCAAAAAAAAGGGGGAAAGUACGCGGACACGUACCUUGAAAGCGUGGGUGAAGCAGAAAACUGCUCAAAAAGAUCACCUUCACUUUGCGAAAAGGAGCUCUGCCUACAGGCCAACCAAGGACUUGCAGGUAAAAGGAAGUUGCGUUGGGUUAAAGAUGAGAGGAUGUAGGUGUUAACCACGUUGGUUUUAAUGCUUAGAUCUCGAAGAAAGGAAUGUGCCUGGCUGGAUGCAGCCAGCAAGUGAAGACUGGGGGAUCCUGCCAAAAGCCAAAAGCCCCAUGCCAAAAGCCAGGCAUCCAUUAGAAAAGAAGAAGGCAGAUGAAGACACCGAUUCUGGAGCCAAUUUUGAAUUCCCCGUAAGUUUCAAAUCCACUUCUUCUUCUCUGGCGAUCACCCGUAGCCGAGUAAGAUUGUCUUCCAUAAACACGGUUUUAACAAUGAGUCCAUAAGUGACUGUGGAGGCCAAUUCUGGACCCACACGUCAUUCCACAGUGGGGACAUUGGUUCCUGGGUGGGAGUUGAUCACCGUGUGGAUUUGCCAAGUGUGCCUUCUUCUUAGCGCAUUUCUCCCUUGCGUCCUGAGUUCAAGUGUCUUCAAAGUCCAUGACAUCUUUGGUAAAGGCUGUUCUCCAACUGGAGCAAUCGCAGGCCAGUGUUUCCCAGUUGUCGGUGUUUAUACUACAUUUUUUUAGAUUUGCCUUGGGACAAUCUUUAAACCUCUUUCGUUGACCACCAGCAUUACGCUUUCCAUUUUUAAGUUGGGAAUAGAGCAGUCACUUUGGAAGACAAUAAUCAGGCAUCCGCACAACAUGACCAGUCCAACGAAGUUGAUGUUGAAGAAUCAUUGCUUCAAUACUCAUUCACUAGAUCAUCACCUUGUCGUGGUGAGUGGGCUUGCACGUUCCCAUGACCCUUGUGAGCGAAGCCAUCGGGAAUCUCAUACUCCCAGCAGGGUCACCCAAGGCAGUAAGGUGAAAGGGAAGGAGCUAGACAAAGAAUGAUCCAAAAAGUUGAAAUCCAGUAUGCACACUUUUCAUCACAGUAUGCUUUUCAUCCUUCUCCCUUAUAGCUCUUUCCUUGCAUUUCCAGAGUGGCUGGCACAACCCGGUCAGAUGGGCGAAUUACUAUUAUUGUUGUUGUUGUUUAUUUCCAGGAAAUUGAUGCAACGUACUCGCUUCUCAGCUUCCCCUGCUCCACAUUCUUCUUGGAAGAAAACGACAGACCCUCGGAGGAGCCAGUCCCAUCCCAGAUUCUGAAAACCCAAACCUUCACUGUGAAAUGAAACAAGGUGGCCGUUUUUUAGAGCCCAAAAGGACAGGACAGUUCCCCAGUGGAGGUGUGAACCACGAAGGCCUGAUCCACUGACGAAAAGCCUCUUUCACAAGUUCCACUGAAAUGAAUGGGGAGCCUUGCAGCCCAGCCCACAAAUGUUUUUCUGCUCCAUUGAAAUGAGUGGGUGUGGGACACGCACAGUUCAACCAGGUGAAGGAAAUUCUACCUGGGUUGCUGUCUCAAGUUACUGGACCUCAGUGAGGAGAAUCCCCAUCUUACAGACAAAGGACUCUGACUUCCGUUCGUUUUUAAAAAUAAUUUUAUAAGUUGUGUGUCCUUGUUGCUCAACUUGACCCUUUUACAUGAUUUUGUACAUUUUGUGGUAUUUGUGCAUUGUGAUCUGCUGUUAUUUUAUUGAUUAUAGAUUAGUAAUUCCUUAUUGUAAUUGAUAAGUGUGAACUGCUAGAUUAUCAUUUGCUGAUGUUUAAUUUUACUGUUUAGUAUUGAAUCCUAAUAGAUUGUUGAGUAUUGCUUUAUUUGAUAUAGGUUGUUUAUUCCAAAGUUAUUGUGGCUUUUUAUAUAGGAUCUGAUUGUUACUAUUAAUUUUUUGAUGUUUUAUUAUUAUUUUUAUGUGUGUUGGAAGCUGCCCAGAUUGGCUGUGGCAACCCAGCCAGAUGGGUGGAGUAUAAAUAAUAAAUUUAUUAUUAUAUUAU